UGGGCGUGCGGGGGCGGGACGAGCCGGGGGCGAGUGGGGGGUCCGAGCGUCCGGAGCCCGGGACCAUGCCGUACCUGCUCAUCAGCACCCAGACCCGCAUGGAGGUGGGUCCCACGAUGGUGGGGGACGAGCAGUCGGACCCCCAGCUGAUGCUGUGCCUGGGAGCCAUCAAGAGGAACACACUUGGGAACCACUUCUGGGAGUACUAUGUCAACGACCCGCCCCGUGUGGUCCUGGACAAGUUGGAGGGUCAGGGCUUCCGUGUGGUCGGCAUGACGGGGGUGGGCCAGACUCUGGUGUGGUGUCUGCACAAGGAAUAGCCCCCCGUCCCCCACCGCCACGGGGGAGCAGUCUGGGCCUCCCCCGAAGUCACAGUAACGGCCUUCCCCGACCUGGAGUCGCCCACCUCAUCCCUCGGGAGCCCCCCCCUUCCUCUCCCGGGCCCUCUUCCUCCUCCUCCUCACCCACUGCUGGCUCCUGAUGUCCAGAUGGCUGUCCCAGGCGAGGGGGGCGGCUGAGGCGGUGCCAGCUGGGGCCAAGGAAAGAGGGGGGGUGGGGAGGGGGUCUGGCCCCUAAAGCCCAGGCCCCGUGCAAAUUGUGACCAGCCCCGGACCUGUCCAGACUUCCGGUCAAUAAAGAGUCGUGGUGACAUCA